GAAGUUGUGCGCGCGCAUGCGGCAAUGGCGAGAUGGGCGAGAGAGCGGUGAGAGCCGCUAGAGGUGGUGAGGUGAGACGGUGAUAACGGACGCCAUUUUGUUGGCUCGUUGCAUCGCAAACGGCAAACAGGCGAGACAAGGCGUGCAGCGGAGAACUUGUCGCUCCGCCGGGAGAAAAAGGCAGUUUUCUAGCAAAGUCUUGGGACAUACUUUGUCCUUGCUCUUCUCUUCUCCUCCUCCUCUUCCUCCUCCCUCCUCUUUCACCCCCUACCCCGUUCCGUGUGUCUUUCUUUUCUCUUGGUCCUCGUCGAGCUGCGGUGCAAGCAGCAAGCAGCGUUGAUGAUUGGGAUUCCGCGGGACGAUCGACACAAAAUCACGGUCAAGAUCCGCAACAACAUGAAGAGGAGCUCGAGUCGCGACACGCCGCCUCCCCGUGUCAAGCGGAGCCGAUCUUCCAUGGGACGAUACGAUGACUCGAGCGACGAGCGUAUCAGUCCGGAGAGGAUUCGACGGCGAAGUCGGGGUGCCAGGAGUCCGAGUCCGCCGACGAGGGCGUCGUCUCACGCUCGGUACGUCGAGUCGAGCUCGCAUCGCGACGAGUAUCUACGGCCGUCGCGCGAGGUGCCGCGAGAGCGAGCCUACAGCUACAAGGUGCUCUGCGUCAGCGCCAUCCAUCCCAAGGCCAACGACGAGGUCAUCAAGGACACUCUGUACAGGGAGUACAAAAAGUUUGGCGAGUUCUCCAUUCAGAUAUCGCACGAGCCGGACGAGCGCGUGGCGUACGUGUGCUUCCGUAGCUCGGAGGACGCCCGGGACGCCAAGCACGCCAAGCCGCGCAUCAUCAUGUACGACAAGAUGGCCCUGGUGGAGCCGGUGUACGAUCGAGCCGAGAGCUACCGCCGGCCGCGCUCCAUCACGCCGCCCGAUUACGAGCGCUACUACACCCGCUCGCCAGGCCCUACCGACCGGCACCGGCCGCUCGAGAGAUACGAGCGUGUGUACGGGCCGCCGGUCGGUCUGCCGCCUCACCGCGAGAUGCGCCGCGAGACCAUCCCGCCGCCGCAUCACGAGUUCGUCCGGCCGCCCAUACAUCCCCACGGCCCGCCCCACGUUCACCCCGGCCCGCCGCAUCACUACGGCCCCCCGAGACACAUGAUGAUGCGCCAUCCGGUCCACGGUUUCGAACGAGUGGAGAACAAGAAGGACAAGUUUCCCAAUUAUCUGCACCACGUGUCGCCGGAGGACGACCCUCUCGCUACCAGAACCCUCUUCGCUGGCAAUCUCGAGAUCAACAUCACCGAGGAGGAGCUGCGCCGAAUCUUCAGCAAGUACGGCAUCGUCGACGACAUCGACAUUAAGCGUCCGCCGCCCGGCACCGGCAACGCCUACGCCUUUGUGCGCUUCCAGACCCUGGACAUGGCUCAUCGGUGUAAGGUCGAGCUGUCGGGCCAGUACAUCGGCAAGUUUCAGUGCAAGAUCGGCUACGGUAAGGCCACCCCGACCACACGGAUAUGGGUGGGUGGCCUCGGCCCGUGGACCUCGGUGCCGCAGCUCGAACGGGAGUUUGAUCGAUUUGGCGCGAUCAAGAAGAUCGAUUACAUCAAGGGCGACAGUAAUGCCUACAUACUGUACGAUUCGAUCGACGCGGCGCAAGCGGCAGUCAAGGAGAUGCGCGGCUUCCCCCUAGGCGGGCCGGACCGUAGACUAAGAGUGGACUUUGCCGACGUGACGCCAGGCUUCGGCUUCAAGCCUAGAACGUAUCCCGAGGACAGUAGCGACUUCCGACCACGUCCAGUUGACUACGAAUCGCCCUACGAUCCUUACGGACCCGAUGGUGAAUUCGGUUACGGACCGAGGGGCUUCCGUGGUGGCAACGCGCCGUGGCACGACAGACGAGGAAGCGCGCGAGGCGGUUACAGGGGCUCCUACCCCGACGGGUACACGCGCGACGAGGCCGACUGGCCCAGCAGAAGACCACCGCCCGAAUUGGAGUACGAGACGCCGCGCGGCCUGAGAAGAUCGCUCUCGCGCGAGCCGGGGGUCGACCGAUCUCGGUCGCGUUCGCCACGUAGACGACAGAUACAGGAUUCCGACUCGGACUCGGAGAACGCUCGCACCGGCAUGUUGUCGACGUCCCGUACGCUACCAGACGUCGCGCGUAAAUCGAUCGCGGUUUGGCAAGGCGCGUUGAUACUAAAGAAUUCCCUCUUUCCAGCCAAAUUCCAUCUGACCGAUGGCGAGACCGAGAUAAUCGAUUCUCUGAUGAAGGACGAGGAGGGUAAGCACAUGCUGCGCAUCACGCAACGUCUGCGCCUUGAUCAGCCCAAGCUCGACGAUGUUUCGAAACGGAUUCAAACGUCGAGUUCGCAUGCCAUCUUCCUCGGCUUGGCUGGCUCGAGUACCGCCGUCACCAACGACGACGCCAAUGUGCAAACGCGACCGCUGCGCAACCUCGUCUCCUAUCUCAAGCAAAAAGAAGCCGCUGGUGUCAUAUCGUUGCUCAACAAGGACACGGAAGGCACUGGCGUGCUGUACGCCUUUCCGCCCUGUGCGUUCUCAACGGAACUUUUGAAACGCACGUGUCCUAGCUUAAGCGAGGAGAGUCUUAAGGAGGACCACUUGGUGAUCGUGGUGGUCAAGGGAGGUAGCGCCUAAGAGAAUCUUAGUAUCGUCUUGUGUGUGUCUCUAUUUUCUAUAUCGUAAGUGCUCCAACGCUUAUACGCUACCUUCGAUCGUUUGGCGAGCGAGUGUCGAGAGAGUGAGAGAGAGAGAGAGAAAAAGAUGGUCGACGAUGAGUGAAAAGCGCGACAUUUUUACGCGGUCGACAGGUUUUUCUUUCCGUACCACGCAAAUGAAUAAUUACGUUGUUAACGUGGAAAUGUCGCGCAUCUCGUCUAGUCCAUUUUCGAGAAAAUGCUAUUUCCCGGUCGUACAGUCUCCUAACUGUUAAACAAUGUACAGAACUUGUGUUUUUUGAUCGACGUAAGUAUUUCGUUUUCUACUGGCUUCCAGAUAGGAGUUUUAGUCUUACGAUUACAGACAAAAUCGUAACGAUACUUUGAUACUUUUUUUUUUAUACGAAUGUACAUGGCAUUGCAUAUAUCCUAUAAUCAGACAUGUGAUAAGAACUCGUAAUGCCCGAUUACCGAUCUCGAUAGCUUUGCUUGAAGUUAGGCAAUGUGAGUUUUUAUUGUGCAUUAUUAUCAAGACUUGAUCCUUGUAUAGUUGUUAAACUUAAUGAUAGACGAGGGUGAUUUUGUAAUAUUACCGAGAGAUGUUGUAUAGUUAUCUUGAUUUGUGACAUACUUUUCGAGAAUCGUGACUAUUUCUCCAUAUGUGCACACCGCGAACCCUACUGCUAAAAGAAUACUUAUCUUGUAUCAAAAAACACAACUUUCCGCUCCCCAGUUGGAUUUAUCAGGUAGCACCGGUUACCCCAAGUGGUACAAGUUUCCAUCAGCAAGAUCGUUAUCGACUAUACCGAAUAUUAUUAUGGAUGUUAUAAUCCUCAUACCACAAGUGAUGCUAAAAUUACUUUAAACAUUAAGUCUAAGAAUUUAUUUGUAUUAUAUACAUUAUCAACUAUACGUACGUAUUAGUAAUAAUAUUGUGCACAGUUCUUUCACAUUUGCAGACUUGCAUAUUAAUGUAAUUGAUUGUACUUCUUGGCCAAUGCAAAAUGAAUAUCUUCUUGAGACGUGUGUGUGUGCGUGUAUGCGCACAUGAAAAUAUUCCGCUUCAAAAUAAUGAAAUUGGGAAAAAAAUAUUCUUUAUAUAAUUGUAGAUUUCAAAAAUAUCGAGUCCUAGACUUUACAUGUUUUUACUUGCAUAAGCUAUAACAGUAGAGUACUUGAAGUAAACUUGUGUUAUACCUAACACAACGUUGCAUAGCUUUCGAUGCUACAACGAUACGAGGACACACAUACAAGUCGCAAAAUAUAAAUUUUCACAAAAUUUUAAAUAGCAAAAAAUGUGAAAGGCCUGGGUUAGAGUAUAUUUAAUAUGGAAAAUUUAUAUAAUUAACCAUUUUACGACUUAUUUCACUAGAUUUCUUUUGUGUGGCAUAACAUUUAAGUGAUUGUGCAGUACAUAAAAUCCGUGAAUGUAGUUACAAGUUUCUAAAGUUCGGACUGUGCCCAAGAGUGAAGACAGUGAGGAAAAAAAAACACGAGCAUAUAUCCAGGAAGAGACAGAGAUCUGUUUACUGCAAUAUAGUUUGUCGCAUCUGUGUUUUCAUAAUGCCAACAGAAGUUUAGCCUUUUUUUUCAUCCAAAAGACAGUGUUUGGUGGUAUUAACAUACAAAAAGAGCUCUGAACAUGUGUUUAGUGAAAUGUAAAGGAAAAGAAAAGUGAUUGUGUUCCGUAUUUCAGUAUGGAGGAGAGCGUGCCCGAACGGUGUCCGAGGGGUAUAUUUUGAUAUUCCUUUUAGACAUCCGUGGAAGGAGGAAGGGGUAGUAUCUCUCUUCCAUACUUGAAUGCGAUUGAAGGUGCAGUGGUUAAGUAUAUUUAGUGUUUGAACGGAAAAAAAAAUAGAUGCAGUUUAUGUAGAGAGAAAAAUUACAAAAUGUGUCAUUUUCUUGGUACCGUUCUUCACCUAUACGAUAUCAAAUAGGAAAAUUGUCAGGAAUUGUCGGUUAAAUGUUAUACAGUGAUGCGCGAUUCCAAUGAAUGCUCACGAGAAAGUUAAUAUUGGAAAAUCCGAGGAAAUUAAUAUUAAAGAGAAAGGAAUAACAGCCUCGCAUAGAUUAGGGCCAACGAAAUCUCGGACGUUGACGUCGAGUCGAUGGUUAAUGCAUGUGACCGAAAGCCCAAUUAGAACUGCUUUCAAACUUGACGAGUUUCAAAUUCCAUUCUUUGCUCUCGUUAAGUGAAGUUUAUCGUGCAACAAUACGUGGUGCUGUGAUAUCAAUCGUUUAGCAAAGACAACCUAGGUGGGGAAACGAUGAAAGACGCGACUACGUAGGUCUUAAGUGUUUGUGCUAGCCAAAAGAGUCAUUUUCUCAAUUUCUCGCGUGGGAGAGAAGGCUGUCACGUUCAUUCCUAUGUAAUGGGUAAACGGGAAGAGAGAGAGAGAGAGAGAGCCGUUGUGAUAUCUUGGUGUUUACUGUGGCUUGUGGAUUCUCCUGGGGAGAGAAGCAGAGAUGAGGUCGCGAGUUUAUUUUCAAAAUCGCGUCGAUUGUCGAAAUUAUUCGCGCACGGAUAUAUCGGGUAACAGAAUUGUGCAUCUGCAAGUAGGCGGAAGGGAGAACUGUAAUAAGGACUGUAGGGAGAAAGACACAGUGGCGAGACGGGCGAGAGUUCAAAGUGAGUUUUAUCAGUGGUUUAUUCCCGAAAUGCAUCGAGUGCUGUGCUGCCGUUCGACCACACUACGAACCUUCGUCGUCCUUUAUACAAUUCCCGGUCCCUGGUAUAUCGCUAUAUAUAACCCAAACAAAAAAGAAGAAAAAACAUUGUAAAAAUCUGUUUCAGAAUCCGCCCACGGAACGGAAGGCAGACAUUUCGUCUCUCUCUCUUAUUGAAUCUGUAUCCAGAUUUGAGUAGAAAAAAAAAAGAAAGCAAAAGGAAAGAAUAAAUGACAGACCCAACA